AGUUGUUUGUGCUUCCAACAUCCAGAAACAACAUAUUAAACCCUAAAAAAGUAAAAUGAAGUAUUUCAUUGUUUUCGUUGCUGCGUGCGUUGUUGCUGUCAAUGCUGCUUUCGAUGAAGAAUUCAAAGCAAAGGUCAUCAAGAAGGUGGAGGAAGUCGGAACAGCAUGUGCUGCCCAGGAAAAUGCGAACGGAGAUGAUAUUGCCGAAUUGAUGGCAAAGAAAGCACCAACCAGGAAGGAAGGAAAGUGUUUGGUCGCCUGUUUCCACGAGAAGUUCGGAGUGCAAGAUAAAGAUGGAAAACUUAGCUUGGAUGGAGCCAUUGCUUCAAUUGAACCAUUCAAGGCAGCCAAUGAGGAAAUUUAUGGGAAAAUGAAGCAAGUAAUUGAGAAAUGCAUAGCUGAAGUUGGAGAUGCCGGAGAUCGAUGCGAAACCGCCAUUAAGUUUGCUGGAUGUGGAAAACGCGAAGGCGAAGCGCUUGGACUUAACGAAUCGUUAAUAAUGUGAGAUGGGUGGAAGAGCGGCUUCGAUGGAUACGCAGUGUUUCUAUUGUAUUUGAAAAGUGUUUUAAAAUUAUAUGUGAAAUAA